GUAGUGAUAGAAGCGGAGCAGGGGAGGAAGGAAAGCGAGAAAGGCUCGGCGCUGAGGGCAGCCCGGCUUCCUGCCUGGGAAGCGCAGCCCGAGCCUCUCCCGUUGUAAAGCGCCGGCCUGAGAAACAAACGCCGCCGCGCCGCGCUCUGUAGUCGAAACCAAUGGCUGGGGAAGCAGCUGGAGAACUACCUCUCCCGUGAUGCUUUUCGAAAGCAACCGCCUUUCUCUUUCCCUGCCUGAGGAGCCGAGGAACACGGGCCGCAGAAGGGUGCAGGGCCCAGCGCCGAGCAUGGACGGGGGACCUGCGUGGCGCUGAUCGGAUACCUGCCCGGCUGGUCGUCGCUCCCUGUCCUGGCAGCCCUGCUCCUCCGAGGAUGAACAGAAUGAAAGUUGAUGAGGAAGAAUACUGGCACAGUUCCAAGUGUAAAGCAUUUACGUUUGAUGAUGAAGAUGAUGAGCUCUUUCAGCUGAAGGAGUCAAAACGAACAGUGAACAGCCUCCGAGAUAUUGUAGAUGAUGACGAUGAUCUUGAGAAGUUCAGCUGGAGUGGGGAGCCUGUGGGGAGCAUUUCCUGGUCAAUCAAGGAGACCGCCUCCAGCAGCAACAAUACUGCUGAGGGGAGAGACUUGGGUGGGCAAAGAGGCUCUUCUUCGUAUGGAGCAUUUCCCAAACAAGCCUCUUCUUACUCACUCAGCAGCUUUUUCAAAGGAAGAAACAAGCAUGGGAGCUUUCAGUCACUUUCAGAUGCUCUUACAGACACAGGAUUUAAAAGUUACGCCCCAGAACUGCGCAGACCAAAAGCAGACUACAAGGAUUACAGCAGUGACUGGAGCCCUAAAGACACAGUAAGACGGCUGCAGAGAGGCAAGAUCUGCUCACUGGAGAGGUUUCACUCCUUACAGGACAAGCUGCAGCUACUGGAUGAAGCUGUUGCAGUGCAUGAUGGGAAUGUCAUUACAGCCAUCCUAAUAUUUCUGAAGAGAACCUUGAAGAAAGAAAUCCUAUUCAGAGAGCUGGAGCUGCGGCAGGUGGCCCUGCGCCAUUUAAUACACUUUCUCAAGGAAACGGGGGACCAAAAACUCCUCCUCGACCUGCUGAGGUUCCUGGACAGGACAGAGGAGGUUGCAUUGACACAGUACCGUGAGCACCUGAUGAUCCAGGAUGUGGAGAAACGAAAGGAGUUUCUGAAAGGUUGCGUUGGGUUACCAUUUUCAUUGGAAGAUGCUGCUCAUGUUCAAGACCAUUAUACGCUUCUGGAGAGGCAGAUCAUCAUCGAGGUAAAUGACAAGCAUUUAGAGUCAGCUGGGCAGACGGAGAUAUUUCGGAAGUACCCUCGAAAGGCCUCCAUCCUAAACAUGCCACUGGUCACCACACUUUUCUACUCCUGCUUCUAUCACUACACGGAGACUGAGGGAACAUUCAGUAGUCCAGCAAACUUGAAGAAAACCUUCAAGAUCCCAGACAAACAGUAUGUGCUGACAGCCCUGGCUGCUCGUGCCAAGCUCCGGGCUUGGCAUGAUGUGGAUGCUUUGUUCACCACCAAGAACUGGUUGGGCUACACUAAAAAGAAAGCUCCUAUUGGUUUUCAUCGGGUAGUGGAGAUCUUGCAGCGGAACAAUGCCCCAGUGCAAGUCUUACAGGAUUAUGUGCGCCUGGUAGAAGAUGUUGAGACCAAAUUGAACCUUGCAAUGAAAUACAAGUGCCAUGACGUUGUUAUAGAUACCUACAAAGACUUGAAGGAUCGUCUCCAGUUGAUGGCGUAUAGAUGUAAAGUUGAUCGGGGUUCUCCCGCAGAGGAGAAGAUUGAUAGCAUCCUCAGCAACUCGCAAAUCCGAUGGAAGAAUUGAGAGCUGCUCACUCAUCAUGGAAGAAGCCUGAUUUUACUGGAACAAUGAAGGCAAACUGCCAAACAUAGCUCUGCAUUGGUUUUAAUCCACUGCCCAGAUUGUAGCUGGCUCUGCUUUUGGAUCCUGGGACAGAACCCAAAGGAGAUGUUCAGCCAACAGAACCCAAAGCUAACAAGCUGAAAUCCAGCACUCUCUUUUCAACUUGACCAUAUGAUGAAUAGAACAUGAUUGU